CCCGGAACUAAAAAUGCAUGUUCUCGUUUUCUACCACGAAUUACAAGAAGAGGACAGCAGAGGGCAAAGUUGUGUUAAGCACUCCAUCCGAGAAAUGUUAGCAGAAAAAUGUGGAUUGUCAAGCAUCUUGUAUCUACAGUUCUUAGAAAUGCCGGACAUCAUGGCUUAUUCCACCGGUGCUUGGGCUCGCUACCAAAACUUGAGCACAGAUACCUCCACUGCACGUGCUGCUGGAGGAGUCGAAUCUCAAUACCAGAUUUUGAUCUGUUAACGUCUACAAUAUCCUCUGAGGUGUGUGAAGAUGAAGGUAAGUCUCUGGACUUGAAUUACAGUCCAGAAGAGCGAACUGCCAUUCUGGAACGUCUAAACACGGCCACGGUGAACGACUUGGCACAAGUCAAGCUCCUGAGAGGACGAAAAUGUGUCAACAUAGUGGAAUACAGGACACAAAACGGACCUUUUAAAGAUCUGGAAAGCAUAACAAAAGUGCCAUUAUUCAAACACAAGACGGCGCUUGUAGUUUUCCACUCCAUCCUCCAUCCAAACGAAAAACGUGAGAGUCGGAAACCCAGCAUCCAAGGCCUAAUGAAGUCCCUCAAGCCGGCGGUUGACCGGAAGUUUCUUGAGGAGGCCAGGUCCAUUGUGUCAAUUGUAAGUGGCAUGGAUAAGAUAGCGUGGGCGCAUAUGGAUCGCGGACUCCAUGUUCUCGACUGGAAGCAGCAGAAGUGUCCCAACUUCGCGAAAGAACCAUUCAUGGCUUCUGCAUAUUUUGAUGAUAUUUCCUCAGUGGUGUCUCGAAUUCCCGAAGCGGAUAUAUAUUUGAUGGAGAAGAGUGCGGUCACUUUGCAGAAUAUGUCAAUGUACCACGUGUUGGUGCACCUCCGGACGGUGGAGGCUAUGCUCUUCGUCUUACUGGGACAGCGGAAUAAGCCGGGCGCUGCGCCGAACGUGCUCAACAUGGUGCGCUUGGCGGUGGGCCGCCACUUCGGCCUGAUGGUGGGCGACGCGCGGACCAGCGGGGAUCACCUGGUACGGCAGAUGAUGACGGACUCUGUGUGGCAGAAGAAUCCCCGCGUCUCUUUCCCCCCUCCCCUAGUGGUGCGGUACAGGAGCACCUUGGAGCUACAAGCCCGGAAAAACGGGGACGAACUGUGCGACGCGUUGUUGCAGGCGAUAGCGUUCUACGAGAAACUCAGUGAACUCAAGGCUGAAUGAGACGGGGACAGCCUGCAUUGCUCACACUCUAUCCAGUGUUAGCAAUAUUGAGCCAACAGGGUCAUAAUAAAACUCGGGCAGCCUUUUGGAAGCAAGUCUCUGAAUUGCUGUGCAUUGUUAUAAGCAGGCAUAACCAGAUCUACCCAUUUUUCAACACAAGCAGUGAGAUAGCAUUGCACUGCGGCACAGAACCUUCCCUUCAUGGACUCCAGUUGUCUUCCUUUUUCACUCCACACAGCAAAGCCUAUGUGGACUUCAAGUCUACCACCUCUUUGUUGACAUAGGCCUCUAGGUCCCACUUGUUAAUUCCUAUAUUUUUCACGUUUGCCUGAAUGUCCAACAUCAGCACAUUCCUGCUGAUCUACUGUGAAAGCAUUUAAUUCUGCUGUGCAAUGUAAGCAGUGUAGUUUGUUAGGGAGGCAAUGGAGAUUUUAUUCUGAAAAUAGAGUACUCCAUUUCACCCUGACACUUGGACAGUAGAAUUACGAUGUAAAGGAAGCAAGGCUGGAGUACAUGUGGAAAUUGGGAUUUUCUUUUUAUGGAAAUGUCAGUGCUUUACACAUUUAGCAGAAGAAACGCAUGUGCAAUUUAUGGGAUUUAUUUCAAAAGAAACUCAUGUAUACUUUGCGGGAAUGAAGGGCUGUUCUAUGUGCAUCUUUUAAAAAAUGUAAUAGUGUUUUUUUCCUUAUGUCAAGAGAGUUUAUUACAGAUAUUACAAAAGCAA